AUGGCGAAGCGCGCCGUGGGACACGCCGAGAGGGGCGGGCGGCUCGCGGGGGUGCCCGGCGUGGCCAUGGCCUUCCCGGGGCGCAGGCCCCAGCUGUACCGCUGGCGGCGCCUCACCGCCGAGGCCAGACCGAAGCCAAGGUUUGACUCUGAUAACUUGGAACACUGGAUCAAGAGAGUGGACCAACCCUCUGAAUAUGCUGUCUCUGAAGCUUUUUCCCUUGAAAAGUCAAGGUAUCCACAGGGGCCUUGUGGUCCUGUGACAAAUUUGGAAACCGUGGAACAGCUGCAAGAUCAUGAUGAUGCCUGUGAGGAAGCCCAAGAGCUGCUCAGUAACUGGAUGAAGUCCAAACUGCAACUGGAGCUGAUGAGCAAUGGAGAAGAGGAAGUUGACUCUGUCCUCCUGGAAAAGCCUUCUGCAGCCGCUCUGAAGUACAAGCAGUUUGAUGACUUGUGCAGCUAUCUGGAACAUGAAUUGGAAAGUUCUUCUGUCCAAGAAUACCUACAGCAUCUUUUGCAGAGUGAAGUUGUGAACUGUGGGAUAGUGGAAGACCUUAGACUUGAAGACAUCAAGGAAAAACAAAAACUUGCAGAUCCACGAAUAAUCAUGGAGCUCAGACACAAGCAGGUGAAAGAAAACCGAGUGAGGCGUCAGAAGGCAUUAGAGCUUCAGAGACAAGAAAAGUCCCUGAAGAAAUCACUUCUGUCUGAGGCCAAGCUCCAAGCACAGGAGGAGAACAGAAGGAAGGCCCUGAAGGCCAAGAAGGAGGAAGAGGAGAUCCAGAGGGAAAUGGUGAAGCUGCGAAAGGAAAUGGCUGAGAAGAGGCACACCAUGGCAGAAGCAUGGAGAAUGGAGAGGAAGAGACAACAAAAAAGUCAGAAGCUGUCAAUGCAGGAGGUAUCUAUUACUGCAUCACCACCGCUGGUCCUGAAGAAAGAACAGCAAGGAGAGGAGAAACAGAGAAAGGCUCAGGAACUGCUGCGCAGGAUUCACACCAAUAAGCAGAGAUGCAUGCAACGACAUUUCUCUGCUUGGCUGAAAGUCAUUCUGGAGCACAGGAUUAAAAUGGGAAAAGCCAGAGCCCUUGCUGACUGGAAAUGCCAACUGAAGGCCCUGCAAGCCUGGAGAAACUAUACUUGGGCCCAGAAAGUAGAGCAGGAGACACAGCAAUUGGAAGUUCAUCUCCAAGAUCAAAACAGGAAAAAACAACUGUCUGUGGAGCAUAACCAGCGACGGCUUUUGCGCUGCUGCUUUCUGGCAUGGCAGCACUGGAGCCAAGCAGAGACAGAAAAGCGAGAGCUGCAGAUCAAGAGGGAGGAGACGAAGAGAAAGAUGGCACAGCUGCUGGAGGCAGUGUCACUGGGGAAGAGUGGUCUGGACAGGCCACUGGAGGUUAACAAGCCUGGGACAGCAGAAGUAAACCAUCAUCAAGAUUUGCAGCAAGACAAGCCAACUGAAACUUGCCUUAUACAGAAAGAACCUGACCAGACCAGAGACCACUCUUGUUGGGACGCUGCUCACACAUCUCAUUCCUACAGAAAACCCAAAUUUGCCUGGGAGAUUACCAUAAGACAUGCAGCCCUGAGUGCCCAGGACCAGGCUGUGUACAGCAAUCAAAUAGCCACUCUCCCCCGGCAGUUUCAGGCACCUGGUUCAAAGACAGCUCCUGCUUAUGGUAGCCGUUUUGAGCACCGUCAUGCCUUCCAGCAAUGUCUAAUUGAGGAACAGAGGCAGCAGCUUGAGAAACAGCAAAAGCUGAUCCUUGAACUGCAGGAAAAUCAGAGGCUGAGCAGAGCUAAAGAAGAUGCAGCACAAGCCAUGGCUGUAACCCAGCCUCUUAAUAACUCUGCUUCACAAACCAGGAAGGAAAAACUGAAGAGGGAAAAACAAUCCAGAUGCAAGAAUACAACCCAUUUGAGUCCACCUGUUUCUCAUGGGCCAGAAAGCACAAGGGCAGCGAUGCAAGGCAGGAGGCCCUCCAGCCAGCUGACCUCAGCUCAUCCCAUACUGAAAGCUAUGGAGGAGAGAGCAACUCAGCGGGCAGAACGAAGGAGGAAACUAGAAGAAGCCAAACAACGAAGAGAAGAGGAAAAAUUGGCCCAGCUGAAGGCUGAAGAGGAAGCACGACAGAGGAAGGAGGCCGAAGAAAAGGAAGCUCAGCAGGAAAAACAACGGGAGGAGAGAAGGCAGCAGAAGCUGAAAGAGCUGGAGAAGCAGAGGAGGCUGGAGAAAGUGCAGCAGCUCCAGAAAAAGGCCAGAGAUCACUAUGAGAAGGUCCUGCUCAGAAAGCUGGGGAUGGUGCCAUGGAAAAGCCUGAGGGAGCAAGCCAAGGAAAACCUGGUGGUGGCACAAAGGCACCACUGCUUGGGCCUGCAGAGGAAAUGCCUGAUGACUUGGCUCCAGGACACCCAGGGGAGACUCAUGGAGAAGGUGUCUCGGGCUGAGGACUUCUAUUCCCAUACGUUGCUGAGACAGUGCUUCAGGAACUGGCUAAAGUACAAGGAUUAUCUCUCCACUCUGGAGGAGAGAGUGAGUACCCUCCAUGCAGCCUGCCUCAUGAGGAAGUAUUUCUGGGCAUGGUUUGAUCUGAUCAUGGAGGAAAAAAGUACUUUAUGGGAGAAGCUGAAGAUUGCUACUGAACACAGUAACAAGAGAAUCAUGCUGAAUGCGUUCAAGGCAUGGAGGCAGUACCCAUUACUGAUGAAAAAGGAAAGAGAGAGAGAGGAAAGGAGAAACCAGCUACGCAGGAGAGUAGCUGAAAUUCUCCCCAACUUUCAAACAUGA